AUGCCACCAAAUGGCAUGGCCGACAAUCGCUACGUCCUYAGCAAGCCCAGCCACCAGUCCAAUGACCUUCCGAAUGGUAUCGCAGGGAGCAAUGGUACAGAAUCGCUGAAUGGAACAAAAGAGCUACCCAAUGACAUAUCCAAUGACACAUCUYCUCACACCAACAACCACCUCCCAAACGGAACUCCCUCUCACGCCAAGUCUCAAGAGACAACUCAACCUCCAACUCCAGAAAAGAAGAAACUCAUCCUCAAUGCCUUUGUCGAAAUGUGCUCGGGUCACCAGUCUCCUGGUCUAUGGCGACAUCCCGAAGACAAGUCUUCCAACUUCAACAGAUUAGACCACUGGACCUCCCUCGCCCAACUCCUCGAACGCGGCUCAUUCCACGGAAUCUUCAUCGCCGAUGUCCUAGGCGGCUACGACGUCUACGGUGGACCCAAGAAUCUCACUCCAGCAAUCAAAUCCGGAGCGCAGUGGCCCGUCAACGAACCUCUUUCCGUCGUCCCCGCAAUGGCGGCAGUCACCAAAUCCAUCGGCUUCGGCGUAACGAUAAGCACAAGUUACGAACAACCCUACCAUCUAGCCCGCCGUCUCUCAACAGCAGACCACCUCACAAAUGGACGAGUAGCCUGGAACGUCGUGACCGGCUAUCUAGACUCCGCAGCUCGCAACCUCACCAACGGCGCCAACCAAGCCGACCACGACGAACGCUACGCAAUCUGUGAAGAAUACAUGGACGUAGUCUACGCCCUCUGGAAUUCCUCCUGGAGAUCCGACGCCGUGCAACUCAAUCGCAGCACAGGAAUCUACACAGAUCCCUCCCUGGUUCGAGAAAUCAAUCACCAAGGAAAGUACUUCCAAGUCCCCGGUCCUCAUUUCUGCGCCCCAUCUCCACAACGCACCCCAGUCAUAAUGCAAGCCGGAACCUCCAAAGCAGGAAAAUCCUUCGCGGCAAAACACGCAGAAGCAAUUUUUGUCUCGGCACACGCUCCUAUAAGUGUAGCAUCCAGCAUCGCAGAAAUUCGCUCCGCAGCAGCAGCUUCCAACGGCCGCGAUCCCACUUCCAUCAAAGUCCUGGCCAAAUUCUGCCCGAUUUUGGGWCGUACGCAAGAAGAAGCGGAAGGCAAGUAUCGAGAUUACAUUCAAUAUGGCGACUAUGAAGGCGCACUUGCAUUAUUCGGGGGUUGGACGGGAGUGGAUAUGGCUCCUUAUGCAGAUGAUGAGGAAUUGAGAUAUGUAGAGAGUAAUGCGAUAAGAAGUUAUAUUGAAGGUUUGUUGAAGACUGCACCUGAGGUUAAUGGUGGGAAGUGGACGAAGAGGACGUUGGCGGAACAUAUCAUGGUUGGAGGGUUAGGUGCUACAUGUAUUGGGACGGCAGAGGUCGUGGCUGAUGAGAUGGAACGAUGGGUUCGGGAAGGUGGAGUUGAUGGGUUUAAUAUUGCAUAUGCCCUCAUGCCGCAGACUUUCGAGGAUGUAGUAGAGAUUCUCAUCCCAGAGCUGCGAAGAAGAGGCAUCUUUUGGGAAGAUUACGCCGUACCAGGAGGAACCUAUCGAGAAAAUCUACUGAACAGUCCUGGACAGAGCGAGCCCGUGUCUGAGCAUCCUGCUGGGAAGAUGAUCUGGCGGCCUAGCGAUGAGGAAGUUGAGAAGAAGGUCGAGGGGAAAGUCGAGAGGAAGGCUGAGCCCGCAGGACAGGAAAACGACGCAGUCUCUUCUCGACGAGAGCGGGAGGCGAUGUUCGAGGCUUGUAGAUGA